GGGCCAAUCGGCUUACGUACCGAGGCGUUGUUUAGAUCAACUAUAAUCGAGUACAAGCUUCUUUUUGGCGGGAAUUGUUCGGUUUCUGUUUUCCUCGGUAGGAAAACCAAAACCCUAAAAAUGGCUGAAAAUUCAUUUCCAGAUUUCACAAAAACUUAAUUCGUAGAAACCCACAAACCAGAAAAAUCAGAAACCAAAUCGAUUCCGUUUUGAAAUGCAGUCGUUGUUUGCUGAAUUUUUAAAGGAUUCUAAUAAAACCCUAAAACGAAAGACAGCUUCCAAACAUGCAAAGUGAAAUCGAUCAAAUAUCAAAGUGAAAUCGAUCGACAGCUUCCAAACAUGCAACCAGAAGCAAGCUGCGUCAGAUUUCCAGCUGUCAAUCUCCUUACCAAAACCGCUCGUUUUCCCGCCACAACCUCUAGAAAAAUCCUCGAUCCAGACCGCCUCGAUUUUCCCGCCACCUGGAAUCCGAAGAUCCAUGCCCAGGAACGCAUAUCUCGUUCGCAAAAAGCUUGGGUUUGUUUUCUUCCCCUUCUUUAAUGGCACUUUUCCGAAUUAUUCUAAUUCCGAAAACGACCGCAUCUUUGUUUAUUAUCUCAAUGAUAGACGGAUUCUUCAACAGUCGGACAGGAAUAUUUUUUUCUUAAAAAAAUGGCGAAUAUCUCAAAUCUCAAAAUCCUGAAAUUCUCGGAUUCGCCUCGAUCUCGUAACUGCGUGAAUAGUGUAUUUUUGUCCUGUUUUUCUUGAACCAACGGAGCAUCUGUUCUACUUAAAUUCGACCGUGAGGUCAUUGACCCAUGGAGUGUGGAGAAACGGCAUCGACGAAGUAAGCCUACCUUUGUCUGCCAUUUGGCAUCGAUCCUGUUUGGAAAAAAGAAACCCCAUUAUAUUAGAGAAUUGGAGUCGCGGAGUUUUGGAAUCGGUUGAGGCCAUCGGUUUUGUGGUUCUGCCACUGAGGGGAUUGAAUUGUGGAAGGAUGGAUACUGGGAAAUCACUUGACGACCAAUUCUCCAAGUUGCAUCCAUGCUUACCUGUGAACACGAGAAUCGGAAUAGUAGGUGCGGGACCAAGUGGCUUGUCUGCUGCCUAUGCACUGGCUAGGCUUGGCUACAUUAAUGUAACCGUGCUGGAGAAGUACCAAACAGUAGGAGGAAUGUGUGAAUCUGCUGAAAUAGAAGGUAAGAUAUAUGAUCUGGGAGGUCAAGUUCUUGCUGCAAACAGUGCCCCUGUUCUCUUUAACCUUGCCAAGGAUUUGGGAUGUGAACUUGAAGAGCUGGACUCCCACAAGUUUGCCCUCAUUGAUGCUUCUACUGGAAAGUAUCAGGACAUGAAAGUGGCAGAUGACUACGUGUCUGUCAUCUCACUAACCUUAAAAAUCCAGGAUGAGGCAAAGAGCUCAAGUCGGAUUGGAAUCCAUGCAGUGAGCGAAAUUGCGUCUGACCCAACUCCCGAUUUUCUUAAGCUUCAUGGGUUCGAAUCUGUUCCGAAAUCGGUGGCUUAUGGAUACACUGCUUCGGGUUAUGGGUUUGUUCAAGACAUGCCAUAUGCUUAUAUUCAUGAAUUUACCCGGACGUCCAUGGCUGGAAAGAUUCGGCGUUUUAAAGGAGGAUACAUGAGUGUAUGGCAGAGACUUAGCAAGUCUCUGCCGAUAGAAGUCCUCUGCAACACUGAAGUUUUGGCUGUCCAACGUGGCUUGGACGGUGUUAGCAUAAACAUCAAGAAUGCUAAUGGAGAAAAUGAGGUUCUAGAGUUUGAUAAGAUCAUUAUGUCGGGUGCUCUUCCAUUCAAGAAUGGAAGAACAUACAGAUCUCCUUCUUUAGCUUCAGCUGAAGCUGAGGUAAUGGAUAUGAAUGAGCUCGAGAAAGAGUUAUUCCAUAAAGUACAGACCAUAGAUUACUAUACCACCGUUUUCAAGAUCAAAGGACUUGAGCAUAUACCGAUGGGGUUUUAUUACUUCAGUGAAUUCAUGGAGGAUCCUGCUACCAUUGGUCAUCCAGUGGCAAUGCAGAGGUUCUACGCAGAUACGGAUCUUUUCCUGUUCUGGUCUUAUGGUAACUCUGGAGAUAUCAUGGGACCGGCAGUUAUCAAGCUUGCUGCUGCUGUGGUGAAGAAUAUGGGAGGAGAGGUUGAGAAAGUGGUUUUACAACGCCGAUUUAAGUACUUUCCGCAUGUUAAAAGUGAAGAUAUGAAGGGUGGUUUCUAUGAGAAGUUGGAGUCUGAACUUCAAGGUUCGCAGAAUACUUACUAUGUAGGCGGACUUAUGGCAUUCGAGCUCACAGAGAGGAAUUCAUCUUAUGCAAUGGCUAUGGCCUGCAAGCACUUUGCAAGUGAAGGUGCUUCACCGUUGUUUCCAUAUGUUAAGAGAUUGUUACCAUUGUACUCCAAUCAUGGGGCUUGUUAUCCAAGAGAAUUGAAGGAAUUCCCAGGAUUAGAAUAUCCUGAUCUCUCCACUCUAGACAGCUAUUUGAAGUUCUGGGGUACUCAUCCGAUCACGGCUAACAAAACUCUCUAUACUUGGAUCAGUGACGAAGGGGAGGUUGUGAACAAGAGGACUUAUGGUGAGCUUCAUGCCAAUGCAUCACAGAUUGCUCAUAAGAUCUUAACGAGCCGCAAACCAAUUAUCAAGCCUGGCGACAGAGUUCUUCUGGUCCAUGCUCCAGGCCUGGACUUCGUUGAUGCCUUCUUUGGGUGUCUGAGAGCUAGAGUUUUGCCAGUUCCAGUCCUUCCCCCCGAUCCAUUUCAGAGAGGUGGACAGGCACUUCUCAAGAUCGAAAACAUCUCCAAAUCAUGCAACGCUGUAGCAAUUCUAUCUACAGCGUCUUAUCAUGCAGCCAUUAGGGCAGGUUCUGUAAGGAAUCUGCUAUUAUUGGGGAAGAACAAUGGGAGAUCUUCAGGUCGCUGGCCUGACCUUCCAUGGCUACACACGGAAUCAUGGAUCAGGAACUCUAGAAACGUUCAUGGUGAAUCCAAGACAGUGGAUCUCAUGGAAGGCAUUUCAGCUCAAUCUGAGGCUCAGCCAGAUGACCUCUGUUUCCUGCAGUUCACUUCGGGGUCAACAGGCGAUGCAAAAGGGGUGAUGAUCACUCACGGAGGGCUCAUCCACAAUGUGAAGUUGAUGCGGAGAAGAUAUAAGAGCACCUCAAGGACUGUAUUAGUCAGUUGGCUUCCUCAGUACCAUGACAUGGGGCUAAUCGGAGGCCUUUUUACAGCUCUGGUUAGUGGUGGCUCUGCAAUUCUAUUCUCCCCGAUGACAUUCAUCAAGAACCCACUUCUAUGGCUUCAGACCAUGAGCAAAUACCGAGCAACUCACAGCGCAGGGCCCAACUUUGCUUUCGAGCUUGUUGUUAGAAGAUUAGAGUCCGCUAAGGAUAAGACCUGGAGCUACGACCUUUCUUCCAUGGUUUUUCUCAUGGUUGCAGCUGAACCAGUGAGGCAGACAACCUUGAAAAAGUUUGCCGAGCUCGCUCGUUCAUUUGGCCUUUCUCAAGAUGUGAUGGCUCCAGGUUACGGUUUGGCUGAGAACUGUGUGUUUGUAAGCUGCGCAUUUGGAGAAGGGAAGCCAAUCUUGACAGAUUGGCAGGGCAGAGUCUGUUGUGGGUAUGUGAAUUCUGAGGAUACGGAUGUUGAUAUCAGAGUCGUGGAUCCGGAAACUGGUGAAGAGAAUGAAGAGUAUGGAAAAGAGGGGGAGAUUUGGAUCAGCAGUCCAAGCGCUGGAGUUGGGUAUUGGGGCAAGCAAGAACUGAGCCAGAAAACAUUCGGCAAUAUGCUUUGGAAUCAUCCUGGCAAGAAAUUCACCAGGACAGGAGAUCUGGGUAGAAUUCUUGAGGGGAAUCUGUUCAUUACUGGAAGAAUAAAGGAUCUUAUAAUUGUUGCUGGAAGAAAUAUAUAUGCUGCUGAUGUGGAAAAGACAGUCGAAAGCGCAUCUGAAGCUCUACGCCCUGGGUGCUGUGCUGUGAUCGGCGUUCCAGAGGAAAUUUUGGCAUCAAAAGGGAUUUCCGUCCCAGAAAGUUCUGAUCAGGUCGGCCUAGUUGUCAUUGCGGAGGUCAGAGAAGGCAAGCCUGUUGGUAAGGAGCUUGUCGAACAAAUUCAAACCCGUGUUGCGGAAGAACACGGGGUCUCCGUAUCUUCUGUCAAGUUGAUUAAGCCCAGGACCAUCUCUAAAACGACUUCAGGGAAGAUAAAGAGAUUUGAGUGCCUGAAACAAUUUCAAGAUGGGAACCUGAGUUCGGCUAUGGAUCCUGUUCCUACAAAAAGGUCUUUGCUUCGAUCUUUCACUACAGGUACUUGUAAGGAGGGAAAACCUCCUCGAACUCUUCUAGGAAAAGCUCCCCCUCUUCCCCAGAUUGUUGGUAAGGGCAAGGAUGAGUUAACGGAAUUCUUGAGAGGACUCGUUUCAGAGCAAACAGGGAUUCCUAUUGCAAAAAUAUCUGCUACCGAGAGCCUAGUUUCUUAUGGGAUUGAUUCGAUUGGUGUGGUUAGAGCAGCUCAGAAACUCUCGGAUUACCUCGGAGUUCCAGUUGGAGCUGUAGACAUUUUCACGGCAACCUGCAUUUUGGAUUUGGCGAGCUUCUCAGAGAAUGUGCUUCUGAAGUCUCAACCUCAGCCCCACACAACUCCAUCCAAUCUUCUUGAGUCUGAGACAGAAUUCGUCAGACCAUUUAUCUUGAUUUCGAGAUCCCGGCAGUUGGGUAUUGGGUUUCUCCAACUCCUAGCUCUCAUUUACACUUCUGCCAUGCUUAUUCUACCAGCCUAUCUAUCAACCUCUGUUUUUCUGAGGCUGCUCUAUACUAACCAUACCAUGAUAGGCAAAGCUUUGUUGUCAAAUUAUCUUAUUCCUCUUGUUUUGGCUCCUCUUGCUUGGAUGCUUUACAUGUUGCUCACCUGCAUUUGUAUAUCCAUUUUCGGGAACUCGUUCCUACAACCAAAUUAUGCACUGAUGCCAGAGAUCUCCAUCUGGUCGAUGGAUUUUGUGAAAUGGUGGGCUCUUUACAAGGCCCAAGAAGUCGCUGGGAGAUUUCUGGCAGUCCAUCUGAGAGGAACGGUGUUCCUGAAUUACUGGUUUGAGAUGCUUGGAGCUCGGGUUGGAUCGUCGGUUCUUCUUGACACUGUCGAUAUUACGGACCCGCCUCUGGUUUCGAUUGGAAAUGGAGCCGUAAUUGCAGAAGGGGCGAUGGUUCAAAGUCAUGAGGUGAGGGAUGGAGUUUUAAGCUUCCUGCCAGUGAGGAUUGGUCAGAAUGUUUCGGUUGGUCCUUACUCUGUGAUUCAGAAAGGAAGUAUUUUGGGAGAUGAAGCCGAGGUUCUUCCCUUGCAGAAGACCGAGGGAGGAAAAACUAUGUUUGGAAACCAAAAGGCCAGUAAAGCUCGAAAGGGCGAAAUGCACACAGAGCUCCCAGAGAAACUUACUCCUUUUUACCACUUCAUGGGCAUCUAUGCGGUCGGUUUCCUCAGUUCCCUCUCUGCAGCUAUCCUUUACUUCCUCUACAUCCAUUUAUCUCAUAAUUCUCCGUCACUUCAACACUUCGCCUUCCUCUGCAUUGCUGGAGCUUUCCACUGGCUUCCAGCUGUCCUUGCUGCCUACGCCAACAUCUUUGCUGCAACCCCAUCUAAUGCGGCAGCUUUUGCUUUGUCCAUCGCCACUGCCUAUGUGGCCCAUGGGCUCAUCCUCAGCCUCAUCACCUGCAUCUUGACCCGAUUCCUUGACAGAGCACAAGAAUCGCGACAGACAAUCUCAAAAACAUGGCUCCGUCACCGGGUAACCACUUCCUGCCAUGUUAGAUUCGCCAAGCUCCUCUCGGGAACUGAAGCCUUCUGUGUUUAUUUACGCCUUCUAGGUGCAAAGAUUGGUAAGCAUUGUUCCAUAAGAGCCAUCAACCCUGUCACGGACCCAGCCCUGAUUUCGAUUGGUGAUGGUGUUCAUCUGGGCGAUUUCAGCCGGAUAAUUGCUGGGUUCUAUUCGUCCAGCGGGUUCUUUUGCCAGGUAAUAGAGGUGCAGGACAACUCAGUGGUUGGGAGCCAGAGCCUCGUUCUUCCUGGCUCUGUUAUUCAAAAUGACGUUAUUCUUGGCGCGCUUUCAGUUGCUCCUGUAAAUGCGAUUCUCCAAAGGGGUGGCAUCUACGUGGGGUCUGACACUCCUGUCAUGGUGAAGAACACCAUGCAUGCAUUGGAUGAGAGGGUUGAAGAGAUGGAUGUGAAAUAUAAGAAGGUUGUCGGAAAUUUAGCCAGGAACUUAGCCAUCACAACCAUGAAAGUCAAUUCAAGGUACUUCCACCGGAUCGGGGUCAGCGGGAGGGGCGUUCUAAAGUUGUUUGAUGACUUGCCAGGGCUGCCAGAUCACAAGAUUUUCAGUGCCGGAAAAUGUUAUCCGAUUGUAAUCCGCCACAGUAACAGCUUGAGCGCUGAUGACGAUGCAAGGAUCGAUGCACGUGGUGCGGCGGUACGGAUCCUUUCAGACGGGGGUGAUGAGGUUCCGCUUCUUGAUGUUACGUUAAAGACGGGUAAGGCAUUCUAUGCGCGCACGAUUGGCGACUUUGCCACAUGGCUCAUCUCUGGGCAUGCGAGGGAAGCACAUGUGUUGAAGACUCCACACAUCCGUGAUGCUGUGUGGACUUCCCUCCGGCGGGCUGACUCUUAUGCUGAGCUGCAUUAUUAUUCCAAUUUGUGCCGGCUCUUUCGCUGUGCAGAUGGGCAGGAGAUGUAUGUGAAAUUCAAGCUGCGACCAGCUGACAGUCAGAUCGGUGAGAAUUCAGGGGAGGUGCAGCCAACAGGGAUACUCCCGCCGGAAACUGGUGCAAUCCCGAGGGAUGAGGACGAUACUCACCCAUUGCUCUUCCUUGCUGAUGACUUCCUCCGCCGUGUCAAUUCUCCCGGUGGCGUCCAAUAUGUCUUCCAGCUGCAAUGGCGGCCAGUUCCAUGCGAUGAAGCGGACCGUGAAGUGGCCCUUGAUUGCACCCGUGCUUGGGAUGAGGCCGAGUUCCCAUUCAUCGAUGUGGGUCAGGUUACGAUCGAGCGGAGCCUCACUGUAGAAGAGUCGGAAAGGCUAGAGUUCAAUCCAUACCUACGUAGCAACGAGGUGGACAUCAUCCGUGCCACGACAUGCUCACAGAGCGCAUCCAUUGAUCAUGGCCGUUCGCUAGUCUAUGAGAUAUGUCAGCAUUUGCGGAACGGCAAACCGCUUCCGGGAGCAUGGCGGGCAUUCUUGGACCAACAAUCCGACACGAAAGUUGACUUCUCUGGCUGCCCGAUGAUGGCGGUCUCAACGGAAAAACCUGUGAGAGGCGUGACACUGGUGAGGAGGUGGUACCAGACCUUAUGGGCUGCAUUCUGUCAACCUAUUCUACAGACUUUCCUCCCUUAUUUCUUCUUGGGAUUUGCAGUUUUUGGUCCUUUGAACUGGGUUCUUUGCAUGAAGGAGCUGAAGAAUCUCCCAUUGCUUUACUUUCUGCCCUUGUUCUGGGUUGCCUCAGGAAUUCUGGCUGGAUUUAUCUGUGUUGUAGCCAAAUGGGUGUUGGUGGGGAAGAAGAAAGAAGGUGAAAUGGUGCUGAUUUGGAGCAAAGAGGUCUUCAUGGACACUAUAUGGCAGGCACUGAGGACAUUGGUGGGGGAGUAUUUCAUGGAAAUGGCAGGUGGGUCAGUGCUGUUUGGGGUUUGGAUGAAGCUCAUGGGGUCAGAUGUGGGGUGGGUCCAAGGUGUGUAUGUGGACAGCAUGGGGGCUCUUUUGAACCCUGAGAUGGUGGAGAUUGAGAAAGGAGGGUGUGUGGGGAGAGAGGCAGUGCUGUUUGGGCACAUAUAUGAAGGGGAGCAGGGGAAGGUAAAGUUUGGGAAGACUAAGGUUGGGGAGGGUGGGUUUGUUGGGAGUAGGGCAGUGGCCAUGCCUGGGGCGAGAGUCGAGAGUGGGUGUCGUUUGGAUGCUCUCUCAUUGGCCAUGAAAGGAGAGAUUAUCAGGUCAAGGUGAAGGGUUUGGAUGCUUCCAGAGCACAGUGAGAUAUGGCAAUAUAUAUGAUGUAUGGCUAGUAUGCGUCGCUAGUCUC